UAAACCAUAAGACAGAACUCGAACAAAGAAACCAAAGACUAGAAAUGAUAAGUAACAUAAUAAACUCAAAACUCUGGGUCAACGACCCAGGCAUCCUAACAGAUCCAGGCCACAGCUAAGGAAAAGGCAGCCAAACAGAGGGUGCACACUUGUAGAGGCAUACCUGUAUCUGAUGUAGCAGGCUGACAUUCCCACAUCACCAUCACUAGCCUAAGCCAACACUGAUCCAGAGAUGAUGACACAUCUCAAAACUAGGGCACGUCAUCCAAAGUCAUAACAGGGCAUCAAUCCUUUUCUCAUUUUCAGUUGUCUUCCUAUGUUGCUGCUUGGUUGGGGGUGAUUUAAGUGUCUGAUUAGUUUUGUUGAUACAUUUGUCGUUGUGGUGGUCACCCCACAGUUUACUUUGGCGUACUUUGAUUCAUCACUCACAGUAAAGAGCUUCCAUGCCAAUGAUAUGUUGGCUGUGAGUGUGCGCUCACUUAUUCACCUGUGGCGCAUGAAGUGGUUCAGAAUUGGAUUGGUGCAGACAGCCUUUCAUUGUUCUUGCAAGACAGCGACUGUUUUGAUGUGUGCCUUCCCAGGUCCACCAUGUCCCCUGCUGCCACUGCCCGGCAACAGCAGGUACAAGCUCACCUCAUUGGACGUUCCAGACAUGGUGUCUUAUCCACUGCCGCAGUCAUCCUCGUCAUACUCUGGCCAUGCCCCCAGUUCUGUCGCCAUGGUAAGUGGCCUCCAUCCAUCCAAGAUGAACUGCACCCGCAUCUUCAACCUCUUCUGCCUCUACGGCAACAUUGAAAAGGUUAAGUUUAUGAAGAGUGUUCCUGGCACAGCGUUGGUUGAGAUGGGAGAUGAGUAUGCUGUGGACAGGGCCAUCACACACCUCAACAGCAUUAAGGUGUUUGGUAAAAGACUGAAUGUCUGGUAAGAUGUGCAUAUCUUUAAUUCAAUUCAAUUCAAUUCAAUUUUAUUUAUAUAGCG